CUCGACAGGUAUAAAGCCUGCUUUUUUUUUUCCCUCUUGUUUCCUCUUUUUACUACAACUCUUCUUCUUCUUCUCUCCCAUUAUCUUUGCACAACACCAAGAAACUCGGAAGAAACCGCUGUAUUUUGUGGUGGCAACUGGCAAGAAAGAGAGAGAAAAACAUAUUAGCGUGGAAAGCUGAGAUCUUGUGGUGGCAAAUCAAGAAUCAACACGACAGAUUAGGGGAAUUCAAAAAAAAAAAAAAAGACAAGGGGGUGUUAGUAGUAGUAUAUGGGGGGUGGUAGUACAUUUGUGGACGGAGUUCGUCGUUUGUUUCAUCGUCGUUCAAGUACUACUACUACUAUUACUACUAUUGUUCAUACCAAUGCAGAACCGAUCUUGAACAAUCUUGAAAAACCCAUUAAGAUUUCAGACUCAAAAUACCAAGAAGAAGGAGGAGGAGAGCUUACCAUUAUUGAAGACUUUGACAUUUCGGGUCUUAAGUUUAUAAGAGUUCCUAAAAGGGUUGAUUUCCCUUUUUCAUCUGCCUCAUUUCAAAUGGAUCAUCACAGAAAGAACUCACAGGAGGCAGAGUUCUUCACAGAAUAUGGAGAGGCAAGCAGAUACCAAAUUCAGGAAGUUAUCGGUAAGGGUAGCUAUGGAGUUGUGGCCUCGGCUGUUGAUACCAAAACUGGAGAAAGAGUUGCUAUCAAGAAGAUUAAUGAUGUGUUUGAGCAUGUCUCUGAUGCCACUAGAAUUUUAAGAGAAAUUAAGCUUCUUCGGCUUCUACGGCAUCCUGAUAUCGUAGAAAUAAAGCACAUCAUGUUGCCCCCUUCUCGGCGAGAGUUUAAGGAUAUAUAUGUCGUCUUUGAAUUGAUGGAGUCUGAUCUCCACCAGGUUAUUAAGGCCAAUGAUGAUCUUACACCUGAGCAUUAUCAGUUUUUCCUAUACCAGCUUAUGCGAGGAUUAAAAUAUACUCAUACUGCAAACGUUUUCCAUCGAGAUUUAAAGCCGAAGAAUAUUCUUGCUAACGCUGACUGUAAAUUGAAGAUUUGUGACUUUGGGCUUGCUCGUGUAUCAUUUAAUGACACACCCUCAGCUAUUUUCUGGACUGACUAUGUUGCUACUCGAUGGUAUCGUGCUCCUGAGCUAUGUGGCUCUUUUUUCUCUAAGUACACUCCUGCUAUUGAUAUUUGGAGCAUAGGAUGCAUAUUUGCAGAAAUGCUCACUGGAAAACCAUUAUUUCCUGGAAAGAAUGUGGUACAUCAAUUAGACCUUAUGACUGAUUUGCUAGGAACACCUCCUCCUGAAACCAUUGCAAAGAUUAGAAAUGAAAAGGCAAGAAGAUACCUCGGUAACAUGCGCAAAAAAACACCUGUUCCAUUUGCACAAAAGUUUCCACAUGUGGAUCCUUUGGCUUUGCGCCUACUUGAACGCAUGCUUGCAUUUGACCCUAAAGAUCGACCAUCUGCAGAGGAGGCACUGGCUGAUCCUUAUUUCCGUAGUUUGUCGAAUGUGGACCGUGAACCAUCUACUCACCCAAUAUCAAAGCUUGAGUUUGAAUUUGAGCGGAGAAAGUUGGCAAAAGAAGAUGUUAGAGAGCUCAUUUAUCGGGAGAUUUUAGAAUAUCAUCCUCAGAUGCUUCAGGAGUAUCUUCGUGGCGGAGAUCAGACUAGUGGGUUUAUGUACCCAAGUGGUGUUGAUCGGUUCAAGCGUCAAUUUGCACAUCUUGAGGAGCAUUAUGGUAAAGGUGAACGAAGCACUCCACUUCAGAGGCAGCAUGCUUCCUUGCCUAGAGAGCGGGUUCCUGCACCUAAAGAUGAGACGUCUUCCCAGAACAUUGAUUUUGAAAAACGAACUUCAGCAUCUGUUGCUUCUACUCUAGAGAGCCCACCAGGGAAGUCCGAGAGAUCAGAGAACUCAGAUGCUAAUGUGCAAAAUGGACCAAACAAAGCAAACUAUAGUGCUCGUAGCUUGCUGAAGAGUGCUAGUAUCAGUGCUUCAAAGUGCGUCGUAGUUAAAGGAAGAAAUGCUGAGGAAGAGCCAAUUAAAGAGCAAAGUGACGGUGUUGAUGGUUUAGCUCAAAAACCUGCUGAUCGUCAUGGCUAAUUUAUUACCCAGCAUAACUCUGUAGAUCUGAUGAACCAGCCAUUGACCCUUUCAUCGGGGUAAGAUGCUUACAUCCCACCCACUUCAUGCCCGGGGCUGCCCUUCGGUAGUUUUGACAUUCUUGAUCAUGUACACUCUAUUAUGUAUCUCCUUGUCCUGUAAAUCAUAAGCUUUUUGUACUACAAAUAGUUGAAGUUUACUGCGGCAUUUCAGGCAGAAUGCCAACUGUUAGGUUUUCAGUUGCUAUUUGUACUGUGAAUUUUUUAUUCACAUAGCAGGAAAAGAAAAUGUUCUCCAGCUAUUUGUGGAUGAGAUUACAUUUUCAUAUUGAUUUGUAAACUAUAGUUACUUGUGACAAGUUGAAGUUUGUAAUGACUUGAGAAAUACAAUGCCUAAGAUCAAUCCCUUGAUGGAUUGUUCUUUCUUAUGAACUUUUGUUCACUUCA